GUGGGCAAGGGCUCUGCCCUAUGCCGAGCAGUUCCCUUUCCUCCCUCUGCUCUUCCUUGCUCUCUACUGCCUGCACGGCUGCUGCCGUUCACUACUACUCUUACCUUAAUGAAUUCCUUCCUUACCUGCAUCUUGUCUGACCUGGUCGAGAUUUCUUAAUCAGAGUCAAGAAUCCUUCCCUGGCUGGGCUGAGGUUUCACCUAGCGCAAGGGGUGAGACCUACCCAGACAAGAGCUGCCUAAUUUCCAAGUUGGACUCAACUUGGAAACAAAUGGUUAUCUUUCAUAAAUAGGAGGGCGAGUUUAGAGAGAAAAAUUAUGUUUUAUUAACACACCUUUUGGCAUAUUCAAGUCUAGCUCUGAUUAAUUGUCUUUGAGGGCUUUCUGUUUGCUUAAUAAAUUGUACUAGAUCUUGAAUUCUCCUGGUUUCCUCAAAUACCUGGUUAUGACUCUCCAAAUUAAUGUUUCCAAUUUUCUCCCAUCCUUUUGGUUUAGAAACACAAAGAAUUAAACUUGUGUUUUUCCCUGAAGCUCUGCAAGCUAGAGCUAGGGGAUUUGACACAGACUUCAGAGGCAUCUUCAAGACAGCCCAUGUUUAGAUAAUCUCCAUACCUGUUACUGUGUGGGCCAUUCGGAAAGAUCACCAAAGACAUCCAAAAUGCAAAGGAGGAAAAUCAAAUUACCAGUGCAUGGACUCACCCUGUCUGUGAAGAUGCUUAAAGUUUGACAUCUAAAAAUCUCACUGGCAGCACUCAGGCCUCAGACACUGGAUUUAUGAUUUGCUCCAACCAUCAACCUUGUUUUUCUUUUGCUCCUGUAGAAAUGCCUCUGAUUGCUUAGAAAAGAUAGGCCUAACUUUGGGAGCCAGCCUACAAGACUGUGUCCUGAAAUGAGAUACAGCCGACUCACUGAACCGACCUAUUCUCAAGACUGGUUUUGGUUAUUGUUUCUAUGACACCCUAACAGAGAAUCUCAAAGGUUGCCAAUCUUUAGAAAAAUGAAGUCUGGGUACCUGAGUUUAUUUUCAACAGCAGGUUAUAACAACUUCAGCUUUAGCUAAUAAUGGUUCACAGCUUUCAGCCAGUCCCAACUCUGGAAAGUCCAGUCCUCUACUGAUCCUUUGGUCAAUCAGGGAGAUACUUCUAUUCCUCCCGAGUAUGAGGAUUUAUGGCCCCAUCUAGCAGGAAGAAGUUACAGAAGACAGACCUUUGGGCUUCAUCACCCCUUAUGAAAAGGAGAAUAAAAUCCCAGAGGGGAAAUGAAGCAGGCAGCAAUUGAACAAGAGGGACUGCAUUUUGGAAUGAGCCUCCAUCUUGAGACAUGUACCUAACUUGAAAACAUUAGCACCUGAUCAAGCACAAGUUUUAGGUCACUUGACCUGUGACGAUUUAUUAUUAACAUUGUUUUCUCCUGAAAGCCUCUAUUCUAGGGCAUCAAAAGGAACCUUUUGACUAACAGACUGUGAGAUUAUAAACUGAUGUCUGUCAAACGUCAGAGUAGUGCCUUACCUGAAGACAUAUUGGCAGGAAAACAUUAAGAAAGAUUGAUCAUUGCAUACCUCAGAACCCCUGGACCUUCAGAGACUGCCUUUAUAUACCCCACACCAUUUUCCUUUCCAGUGGGCCUGACCUCUCUCUUUCUUGUCAGCUAUCUGUAGUAAAUUCUGUCUGCUUUCUAUCUUUUGAUUUUGGUGUUUAUUUCUAUCACAUUGAAAUUCAAGAACCUGGUCUUUGGGGGUCUAGUAACACUAGUAUCAAAAUGUGUACCUCCUUACAAAGAUGUAAUAUUACAAAACUGACAUUUCAAAGAGAAUAUAUCCAGACUGGUUAUGAAAAAUAAUCCAUAAAUUGUCAAAAAUAACCAAUUAAAAUCUUGUCAUUUUCUUCCAAAAGAAAAAUGGUUUUCCUGAGACUUUUCCAAUGAUGGAACAAAUAAUUUCCAAAUACUCCCAGAGUAUAGAAAAUGAUAGUAAGAUACCCAGUUCAUUUGCUGAAGUAAAUGUGAACUUCAUUAAAAAAAAAAAAAGAAAAGAUAUUAGCAAGGAAAUUUCGGAGAUUAUUUAUGAACAUAGAUGCAAAAGUCCUCAUAAAUCUCAGAAAAAUCGAAUAGAGAAAUAUUUUGAAGAAUUGCCAAAAUAGUUCCGGAAUUACAAAAUUGAUAUAAUCCUGCAAGACACAUUAUAUUAAUAAGAAACAAUAAAAUUGUGUUAUCACUGUAAUGUACACCAAAAAGGCAUUUGAAAAAAUUCAGCUUCUAUUUCUAAUGAAAACUAAUUUCUUUCUAAUAGUAUGUUUCAAAAACUAAGAAGCAACAUACAAUAUUUGAUGAAGGAGGAAGACUCCUAGACCCCCAGAAUAGCAGCUAUUAGGUGCUUCCAAAAUGAUGAAAUUCUGGUUCCAUGUUUCACAGAUGAACAUAGCCAAGGAAAUGAAAUAACUUACCUAAGGUCACUCACUGAGUUUGAUGGUAGGUCUUUUGACUACUAGUCUAUCUCUGUAUUAUCUAUUAAAUUCCUUAUAAAUAGAAACAAGGGUGCUACCUGUCAUUUCUAGCAUUUAACAUACUACAAAAGAAAGGGUCUUGGAAGUAAUUGGAUCCAAGCCAUUUACCCCUGCUACUGCAUCGCUCACAAGUAAACUUCCAGUUGGUCAUCUAGCUUGAAUGCAUCCAAUUUUGGGGGAAUCCUUAGGGAUGCUGGCCAUUUUGGAAAGCUCUGUGUGAAAGAUGAUUCUGUGUACUGAACCGAAACCCACCUUUCUGGACCAUCCUGGAAUUAUCAGGCCAGUAGCUUCAAGGUGGGAUGUGAGGAGGUAUGCACAAGGGCAUCCCUGGAGGCAAGGGAAGAAAAUAUGAAACUUUCUGCUUAUGUUUUAACAUUAAAAAAGAAAUCAGUUCCUUCUGAUAUUUAAAAUAUGGCUUGAUAUGAGAGCUGUAAAUUGGUCUUGUAGUAUAUACCAUCUACAUAGCGUACCUGUCAUUUAACAGGGUGAUAAUAGCCAGCAAAACUAAACAAAAACCUGUGGCUGAGGUAUUGACCAAUCAGAAUGAAAGAUGGUCACAAGCAAUCUGGUCCAAAAUCAGCCCUGCACACUAGACUUUUAAGGGAAAACUGGGAAUAAUUUGAUGGUGAUUUGCUUUAUUGCAGUUCAUCUGUGUGGUUAAGUGGAUAUAAGGCUUAUCAAAUGAUUCUUGUGAAUGACCACAAAUUGAAGAUAAUAUAAUCAAGCAGUACAAGUGAACAAGUUGGAAAUGAGAGAGCCCUUUCCUUAACCUCCCACUAAUCUGUCUCUUCAAGAUAAAGAUACCAUUUUAACAAUGAGUGAGAAAGUGACUGCUUUCCUAAAGGAACUAAUUUUAUAGAGAGAGAAUUUUGAAAACUAAUAUUUAGGAGUAUUUUCACCAUUGUAUGAUUGCCAAAAAAUCUGGUAAUCUGUAAUUUUACACAAUAGUAGGAAAUACUCUAACCUAUAAAAAUAUUCCAUCAAGGAUUGUUUCCAUGGAUUUAACUCGUUAAAGAUAUAAAAAUACUAUACCUUCCCAUUAAUAUUUAACCGACAUCAGAAGAGAUUGUUCCUGGCAGAUGAGACUGAAAAAUGGUGAAUCUUCCACUGUAGAUAUCUUUCACCUGGAGCCCCUUAGCUCCUUACUAUUCUAGUGAAUAGAAAUACUUCACCACCACAAAAGGAAGCAAGACACAAAUAAUGGGGGUAGAAGAACAAAAAAAACGUCCUGCAAGAUCAAAUAACAAUACCUAGAAAACAAGUGAAUUGACCAAAAAUUACUAGAUGUUAGUUAAAUACUAACUUAGCAAAAUUGCUUUCCUAAAUACAAAUCAGAAUAGACUGAGAAGGGCUCUGUGCUGUAUGAUUCCAUGGCUAUGACAUUCUGGAACAGCAGGGAGAACAGUUCUAUGGUUUAGGAGUUGGGGUUGGGAGCAGGGGAUUUACUGCAAAGGGGCAUGAAGAAACUUUUGCGUGACGGCCUUGAUUGUGGUGAUGUUCAUCAGAAUUCACAGAACUGUACCCUAAAGAAAGAUGAAUUUUACUGGAUGUGAGUUGUAUCUCAGUGAUCUGACUUCGAAAAAUAGAUGGAGAAAAGGUGACUUCAUCCCCCAAAGGGGAAAAUCAUAUGUGUCAGUGUUCAUUUGCGUCAGAGUAAUGAGGUUUAUACAGUGGAACAAUAAAGGAAGAUGGUAUGAAUGGUAGUAGCCUGUUCCUGGUUGAAAAGACUAAGUCUGGAUGACACUGGGUCCAGAGAUGUGGGCGCCGCCGGGUGGAAGCGGAAGUGGAUCCCUGAAGCCCUGUGGGUCGGAAGCCCUCUGGCCAGGGAUCAGCCCUGCCCUCUGCGGGGCUGGGUCUCAAGGGUCCAAGUCCAAGAGUCUGGAGACUUGGGAGACAUGGCUGCCCCUGGCGACGCUGAGAUCAGGAAGGACGUGCAGACCUACUAUGGACAGGUGCUGAAGAAAACGGCGGACCUCCAGACUAAUGCCUGCAUUACCACAGCCAGGCCGGUCCCCAAGCACAUCCGGGAAGCCCUGCAGAACGUACAUGAGGAAGUAGCCUUGAGGUAUUAUGGCUGUGGUCUGGUCAUCCCUGAGCGUCUGGAAAACUGCUGGAUUUUGGACCUGGGUAGUGGAAGUGGCAGAGAUUGCUAUGCACUUAGUCAGCUGGUUGGUGAGAAGGGACGUGUCACUGGAAUAGACAUGACAGAAGGUCAGGUUGAAGUGGCUAAAAAGCAUAUUGAAUAUCACAUGGAAAAAUAUGGCUUCCAGAUAGCCAAUGUGACUUUUAUUCAUGGCUACAUAGAAAAGCUGGAAGAAGCCGGAAUCCAGAAUGAGAGUUAUGAUAUUGUUAUAUCAAACUGUGUCAUAAACCUGGUUCCUGAUAAACAACAAGUGCUCUGGGAGGUAUAUCGAGCGCUAAAGCUUGGUGGGGAGCUGUAUUUCAGUGACGUCUAUGCUAGCCUUGAAUUGCCAGAAGAAAUCAGGACACACAAAGUUUUAUGGGGUGAGUGCCUGGGUGGUGCUUUGUACUGGAAGGACCUUGCCAUCUUUGCCCAAAAGAUUGGGUUCUGCCCUCCACGUUUGGUCUCUGCCAAUCUCAUUACAGUUCAAAACAAGGAACUAGAAAGAGUGAUUGGUGACUGUCGUUUUGUUUCUGCAACAUUUCGCCUCUUCAAACUCCCUAAGACAGAACCAGCCACAAGAUGCCAAGUAAUUUAUAAUGGAGGAAUCACAGGACAUGAAAAAGAACUAAUAUUUGAUGCAAAUUUCACAUUUAAGAAAGGGGAAACUGUUGAAGUGGAUGAAGAAACAGCAGCUAUCUUGAAGCAUUCACGAUUUGCCCAAGACUUUCUGAUCAGACCAGCUGGAGAGAAGUUGCCAGCAUGUACAUCCUGUUCUACUUUACAAUCAAAGGAUGUAAUCACAGAUCCAUUCAAGCUUGCAGAAGAGUCUGGCCACGCCAAGUCCAGAUGCCCCUCUGAUGUUGCUAGAGGCUGCUGUGGUACAGAGAAAAGCUGCUAACACUGCAGCCAACCUGAAGACAGUGGGCUAAGGAAUGAGUUACAUACGUCUUUUUUUAAAUUUUUUUAUACGUCGUUUAACCUGCUCUGCCAUAGCACAGACCACAAGAAAUAAUGAAUGGCAAAAAGCCCACCGUAUUCUAGAUCACUGAUGAGAAAAAAAAGAAUUAUUUUUAGAAGGUAUUUAUUUAAGGUUCACAGCAAAUCAUCUAAGGGCUAGUUAAACGGAAAAUUUUCUCUUAAUUAACUCAAAGUUCUGGUGCCACCUAGUGGUCAUAAAUGGAACUGAGAAACAGUCAAGGCUUGGCCAACUGGCAAAGCUUCAGAAAUAAGCAGUUGGCAGUCUCAGAAAAAACAUCUUACUUCUGCCCUGCAUAGCACCUGUUGGACUUCUCACCAUCUUUGCUCACUGAACAAAGCUCCUACUGAAACCAUGCUAGUCAUGCCAAAAGAUUGCCAGAUCAAAUUUGGUAGGAGUGCUCUUGAAGUAACUGGUCUUUUAAAUCAAACACUUAAAAAAAAUUUUUGCAAUUAAGUGAAAAAAAAAAUCAAAAGUUUUUUUGACCUCGGUUCAUCCUCAUGUAUGACAACAUAAUGACUAUUUCUAGUAAAUUCUAACCAAAUCAGGAAAAGAGUUUGAUUAUUUUUAAAAGAAGAACUAGGAAAUAUAAAAAUGAUAGGUUUUCUUUUCCUCUAGUUUCCAUAAUUAAAGGAGAAAAUUGAGGACUAUUUCAAGGAUGAUUACAUCAUUAGAAAUUAAGAACAUUAAAGUUUUAAGGAUGACUAAAUAAACUGCAGUCCAGUUGUACUUGGAGACUUUGUUGGGGGACACAGAAAGGUAUAAACCAUACAUGAGCAAUGGUCUUUGUCAUCAGAAGCUUAUAGUUCUGUUUUUUAAUAACAGCCUUUAAGCAGUGAGGAGUUUUAGUAAGACAAUCUCAACCAGUUGCUCUGAGCUCUGCAAAAAAAUGAGGAGGGAACUGGCAUGGCCCAGGAGAUUUUUUGUUAAAGGUAUGAGAAUUUUUAGCCCUUGUAAAACAUUGGAAUGAAUUCUAUAGGCCAGAUACCUCUUCUAUAAAGCUGUUAAAAAUGGAGACAUUCUCAGAUCUCUAGGUGGGUCAGCUAUAGACCCUCACUUUACUACUACAUAUAUAUUUUAAGAAUCCUAUUUGACCUAGAAUCUAGGAAAAAUAUGCAUUAGGCAAUAUAAAAUUAAAGUAGAUAUGUUUUGUCCAGAAAAAUGCCAUAAACAGUUAUUUAAAUAUUCAAAAUAGGUGAAAUAGACAACUGGGAACAAAGAACCUUUGUAAGAGAGGUUGCCUCUUUCAGAGUGAAGUUCUUUGAAAGAGUGGAUGGCACGUGACUCAGCUUGUUAGUCUAGAUCUAUAUGGCUGCUACCAGCAUGUGAUGUCAGGACCAGCUAAAGGCCAAUGCUUCCUGUGCUGCCAGAGUGUGGUUUAGGAAGCUGCCUGUAGCUCUUCCAACAGCAGGCAAAUUUCCCCCCAGUAUUUUACUACGGCAGUUUUCAAAUACACGGAGAAGUUUAAGGAAUUGCAGCAACUGCCCAUUUACCUACCACCUGGAUUGUACAUUUGUUAACAUCCUGCAUUCACCUCAUACAUUUUAACAUUACGCUUACUAAGGGCAGAGCCACAGAAACAGGGCCCUAAUUCUUCCAUAGCUACAAACCUUUUCCAAAAGAUAUUGGACUUAAUGGUUUAAGGAGCAGAUUUUCUUUUAAUUGAUUAUUGUAUCAAUGACAGUAUUUCCAGUCUUUCAUUAUCACAGGGAGAGGAUUUAUUUAAAAAUCAUGGAGCCUACAGUGGCUUUUCAGCUUACCUAGUGGGGAGGCCCAGCAGUAGCCCAAACAGGAUCCCCACCUUUAGCCAUGUAUAGCUGCAAAGGGCAUGGCUCUGUGCCAAGACUGCAGCAGAACUUGCCUCUCUUAUUGAUUCUUGGCCUUUCAUGGGAUGGCUCCUGGGAAGCAGCGAAGGUAGUGACUGAUUCUGCCUUAUCAGGUUGGGAGGCCUAUUAAAUGAGUCUGGCAAGGAAUGUGAAUCUAUCCAACCGUUCUUUCAUUUAUUCACUAAAUAUUAAGCACCUGCUAUGUAGUGGGCACUGUCCUAGGCAUGGAUCACUAGUAAUGGAAUAUUAUGAACCCCGUGGGCCAACAGGACAAAAACAGCUAAGCAUGGUUUCUAAACUUCGUUGGCAUCUGUCCUAACCUCUGUGCUUAGCCAAGUUUCUUCAACCCCAUACAUACCCACCCCUCAAUCUGGGCCUAAACAAGGGUCCUUCUGUGGCUCCUGCCCUAAGAGUUAGUAGAGGGAGACCUCAAUAGAUAAUGAAAA